CUUCCCAUGUACGGAGAAGACGUCGUGUGGGUCGUUCAAUGCGUGAAAAGACCCCCGAUCCCAGCCAUCAUCGGCAACGUUCAUCGGAAGAUGAAAGCAGCAUGAUGGAUGGUAGCGAACGUUACGGUGGCGGGGGACAAUUGGUCAGCAUGCAAAUACGACCACCACAGCGAGCCCUCUCCGCACAUGAGAGUAAAAUUUUGCGGCGACGUGAUAAAACCUUUGCCACCGCUUCGGCUAGAUCUCAUUCUCAGCCCAGGGAAGCUGAAAAGUUAUCGGAACCAGAAGCCACCGAAUUGAUACGCACCGUUAAGAGAAGUCUAUCGAUGCCUAGAAAUAAACAAUUGGCCGAUUCAAGUGAAACGGAAAUGAUGACGAGUGAUAGAGCCCUGUCUCCCGAGGCCAGGGUGGUGAGACAACCUCAGCCGGUGCAAUCAACAGCUGAUGAGAAUUUAUCACGGCUGGAGGCAAAUCUGCGACGUUUCGAGGAGGAACGCAAACGUUUCGAAUCGGAGAAGAGAAUUUUCGAAUUGGAGAAGAGAGAUCAUAAGCUGCGCUAUAAACAAAUGAUCGACAGCGAAGAGAGGAAGCGGAUAUUGCAAAAUUAUCGCAAACUAAGUGAUCGUCUAAAGCUGCCUCAGGAUGCGGAGGAGAGAAGGCGUUUGAUUCAUAGCCUAAAAUUGGAACGAGGAACAGAGGCAAGUCUUCCCGCAGCUCGGGCACUGCAGCAGAGACGAAAUCGCCACAGCGGAUGCUAUGAAGAAUCCUCAACACAAUUCUCCUCCUCGGAAAACGAAAUUAUGGAGGAGAGAUCGACAAAGCAAAUGUCACCGGUGAGGAGGCACAACAGUGCCUUGGCCACUGCAAGUGUUAGGGGACCUCCGCCCCAACCACCGGCAAGAAAAUCGGUUAGUCGCAAUAACUCCCUGUCACCGGUGAGGCAGACUUCACCUUUGCGUAAGGCGUCACCCAUGAAACCGGCUUCAAGGAAAAAUUCUCUCUCACCAGUUAGGAAUCAGCCGGUCAGUCGUAAUAAUUCUUUGUCUCCGGUAAGGCCGGCACGUCGUUCCAAAACCCCGGAGCAGCGAGCGGAACUGGAAAGGAAACACAGCUUAAGAGAAGUGGCGGCAGCGGCGCAGGAGACCACUUCAACGGAAAUGGAAAAUGAGCUGAGACAAAGGAAAACGAGGAAGUCUGAAACUCAUCAGGAAGUUGGGACGCGAAGAAAACAUAGCCUUGAGUUAGAGAGGAGGAGGGGAAGUUUGGAGUCUCAGGACAAAGUGGAUAGUGGUAGUGGUCCGCAAAAGUCACUCUCCACAAAGGAACACGAAGUUGUCGUUAUCAAAACUACACCAGAGAAAAAGAAGACCACUAAGGAGGAGGUCACAAAAGAAGAAGCCUCAGAGACCGCCACUUCUGCAGGAGUGGUGGCCAAACCCUCAUUUCUGCGUAGAAUGUUUGGAUGGUUCCGCAAAACAAAACCGGAAAUCCCCGCACCACAACCGGCCAAGGAAAUUCCAAAGGAAGAAGAAAAGCUUCUCACCCAACCAGAGAUUCCCAAGGAAUCUGAAAUACCCGACAAGUUGUUCUCCUUUGCCUUCCUCAAGAUAUUCCUCAUUGAGGCCCGUCAGCACUGGAAAAUUAUGAAAGCCAAUCACCCUCAGGAACUGAAAGAGAUGAAAAAAUUACGAAAUAAAUGUUUUGCUCACACCAUUGUCCUGAUUCUGCUUAUCGGUUUUGGUGGCUUAAUGUUUCGUUACACAGAAGGUACUUCGGAAGAUAUCUAUAAGUGUGAGGUGAGGAAAGUGAAGCGAGAUUUUAUUGAUCAUCUCUGGACUGUGUCGCAUAAUAUGAGAGAGGAAGAUUGGAAGACGUUGGCCCGCCAAAAGCUACGCAAAUUCGAAGAGGAAUUGCACACCAUGGGCGCCAUGGGUAUACGCUAUUUUCCCGGUCAACGUUCAUGGAAUUUUGUCAAUUGUAUUUUGUAUUGCUGGACUGUGAUAACAACUAUUGGUUAUGGCCACAUAACACCAAAAACCACAUUGGGCCAGUCGUUGACUAUCGCCUAUGCCAUCAUUGGUAUACCAAUUUUCUUGAUACUCUUGGCGGAUUUUGGUAAACUCUUCACACGUAUCAUUAAAUUCGUUUGGGGUUAUGUGCGACGUCUGUAUUAUACGGGUACGUGCCGUAAAAUACGUAAACAGCAACAGUUGCGCGAUGCCAUGAAUGGUGUAUCGAUGAUGUAUGACGUUGCCAUACGCCGACCAAGCCAAUUUUUUGGUAUUGCUGCGGAGAGUGAUGUCGAAUCUCAAAUAUCCGAUGUAAAUCGUUCGUCACACCCCGAGACACCGACAUCACCCUAUCCUGAUACCAUAGUUGUGGAUGAUGAAUUUAAUUUACCCAUUUCGUUGGCUUCCAUCCUGCUGAUUGGUUAUAUUUUAGUCGGCGCAUUUGUCUAUCACAUUUGGGAAGAUUGGACCUAUAUGGAAUCAUUUUAUUUUGUCUUCAUUUCGAUGUCAACAAUUGGUUUUGGUGACUUGGUGCCGGAUCAUCCGAUUUUUAUGAUGUGCAGUAUCAUUUAUUUGGUAUUCGGUUUGGCGUUGACUUCUAUGUUCAUCAAUGUGGUCCAAAUUAAACUGAGUGAUACCUUUAAGGAUGCCAGUGCCAAGAUUGGUGCCACAAUAGGUUUGGGUGUGCCCAGUGAAGUGGGUGAGGAGGAUUCCACAGCCAAGACACCCUCCGAUUUGGCUUCGGUACAUGGCUCACGUUUGGGUACAAUCGAUGAAGGCGCCGAUGAAGGUGCAUCACCGUUACCACCACGCCCUCUCACAUCGAUUUUAAGGAAUAACAAUCGCCCCAAUUCUCCCCAAGAAAGUCAAGAUGAAUUGGCAACCAGUGAUGCUGAGGCCCAGCCACCACCAUUACUGCCACGCCGCCAGGUUUCAAUGGAACAGCCACCAGCCCCAGAGAAGAAGAAAAAGAGACGCUUUUUUAAAUAAGUAG